AAACAAACAGCGAAGAAGACGAGGAGGCGGAGCAGAACAUGCUACACGGAAAAUACAGCAACAUAAAAUAAUAAAUGUAGCUGUAAUGAUCGAUGAUCAAGUGUUAGAUUUAAUGGCAAAAAUCGUGUGAAGACUCUGCAAAAUAAGCAAGUGUGUGAGAUGGAACUGUCACAGAGAGACAGACUUUCAGAACUUGUGGAGGAGCUGACUACAUCAGGGCAGGGCGAGCUAAAUCAGGAAAAGAUGAAGGAAAUCAAGAAGCUAUGCAAGGUUUCCAACGACUGCAUAGACCACGUUUACCAUUCAGUCAUCUCCCAGCUGAACCAAGACCACUCAGAAAUCCGGUUUUCUGCUUUUCAGAUAGCCAGUGAACUUUUCAGUAGAUCACAUCACUUUAGGACAUUAUUGGUAGACAAUUUCCAGGAAUUCUUAGAGUUGACCGUAGAGACAGACCUUGAUCAGCCUCUGCCACCUCCCAAAGAAGUAGCAAAGAAGUUAAAAUCUUUGGCCAUCAAGACCGUCCACUCUUGGCAGACAUCUUAUGGAUCAGCUUACAAAAAACUAGCAUUGGGGUAUCAUUUUCUCAAGCAGGUUAAAAAGGUGGAUUUUCAGGAUGCUGAGGCUAGGACUGUGGCAGAGAGAAGGAGGGAGGAAGAGAGGAGAAGUCGACUAGAGCGAAUUUAUAAGGAGAAAGCAGAUGCAGCUACAAAAGACAUGGAAGACUCUUGUAAAGAAAUUGAAGCAACCCUGACUGAGAUGGAGUCCUGCAUGAAGCUGCUGUUCCCUGAGUUUGAGCUCACUAAUGUAAAAGAGGAUGUGCCUAGAAGUAGCUCUCCAAACCUCCAACUAGCCAACAUAAGUGACCCACAGCCUUGUUGUAGUAAAGACUUAGUUAAUGGACCAAAUCAAGAGGAAUUAGUAGAAAAACAAGCAACGAAUGAAGAGCAUAAUAGGGAAUUGGGAAAAGAACUGCAAAAUCCAGAUAACACAAGUCAAAAUGAAGAUGACGAUGAAGAUGAAGACGAUGAAGACCAAGAAAGUAGUGAGGAAGACCAGCCUCCUAAUGAAGACUUUAUACGCAGUUCGGGGCUCAUAUCACACUCAUACAGUCUGGAUCUGAACCUGAGCUCUGGGCUCCAUGUUAAAGAAAAUGAAGACAAUGAGGCAGUUGUAGCUACAGUUAGAGACCUGCACAGAUUGAUAACAACCAAGCAUCUCCCUGCAGUACAGGGGUGGAUUCAGGUUUUGACCAAAGCAGGAGCUGAGCAGAGGUUGUUGAGGAAAGCACUGGAUCUUAAGAAGUCGUUGGAAGCCGCUCUACAGAAACACGAAGAGCUGCACAUCGACUAUAAGACCAGAGUGCGCAAAGUGAUGAAAGCGUCCUCAGAUGGAGAUGAAGAUGACGAUGAUGAUUUCGAUGAGGUCCCAGAGAAGGAGGGUUACGAGCCGCACAUUCCAGAGCACCUCCGGGCAGAGUAUGGUUUGGAUGCAUUACCAUCUACCUCUUCAGCACCAGUCACAAAACCUGUGCUUGCCAAGCGACCCCCAGCCCCUCCACCGCCCACCUCCUCCACCUCCUCCGCCUCAACUUUCUCAAGGAAACUAAAACGACUCAGGGAAGAGGAGCAAGACCCAACUUCUUCUGCUGCUACUAUACGCCUUCUCAAAGACAAAAUCUCCCUCCCAACUGAUUCCAGCAGCUCCUCAGAACCUUCUACUUCUCAGUCCACAUCUUCAGAUGAGAAAGCAAAGGAUGCUCCUGUGGUUCCAUUUGGUUUGGAUAUCUACUACUGGGGCCAGGAUCAACCCACUGCCGGCAAGAUCAUCAAGUCAGCCUCACAGCAUCAGUUCUGGGUGCCAGUGGAGAUGGAGGAGGAGGUGGAGAACAAGGAGAUGGCAGCAGAAAGCCGCAGCAGGUACAUCUCAUUUCCUGGACGCUUCACUCCGGUCAGUCACUUCUGCAGAGCUCCACUGGGCAAUGGAAAACUGUGCCAGAGACAGGACAGGGUCAAGUGCCCUUUCCAUGGUCGGAUCAUUCCAAGGGACCAGGACGGGAAACCUUGUAAAGCAGAGGACAGACAGAGGGAAGAGCAGGAAGAGAUGAGGAGGAGACAGGAGCAGCCUGAUUGGCGAGACCCAGAGCUGAUGCGAGAUAUUGAAGCUGCCACUGGACAGGACUUAGGUUCAGACAGAGUGGGCAAGAAGGGUAAAGGGAAGAAGAAGAAGUUCCCCAACCUCAGUGAUCUCAAGCAAAACGCAAAUACGUCUCGUUCCAGGCUGGAGAAGAAAGUCUUCAACAAGAGCUCCAUGCGCAGAGUGGCUGAGGUGAUGAUUAAGGCCGACAGAAGAAAACAUGACAAGUUCUCUAACCAGUUCAACUAUGCUCUCCACUAAUCUCCAGUCAAGACACUGAAGUGCAAUUUUUAAACUCACUAAAGAGGAUGGAGCAACACAUAAAUGCACAUAGAUGUAUUUUACAGUUUUGUAACUAUGUAUUUAUAUUUGUAAUGCUUUAUUUCUAGUCACAGUUAAUUGAUAUAGAUGGUAAAACAGAUGAUGUAAUUUUAAGAAUGCAAUUUGCUAUUUAUAUGAAAUAUUGCUUCUGAAUUGUUUUUUUAAAUACACAAUUAUUUAUAUGUUUAAACAAGCAUGCUUUUUUAGUCUCUUGUUUUUGUGUAUUAGUGUAUUUGGUGUGUUCUCUAUUUCAAUAAGACUAAUUCAGGGAUAACCUAGACUUUAAGCGACACAUAUAAUGCCACAGGGCGUUAUAUCCAAAUCCAAUCACUCCACCAAUGAAAAAUCCUGCUUGUGAUCCACAUAUGACCUGUCAAUAUAUUUGAGCAUUUUAUCAUGUGCUGUUCAAGUACACAGACCUUUCCUUGAUGUCAGUAUUUUAAUAUCAAAGAUGAAAUGAUAGCUCAUGAUUCUUAACAUCCAAUGAUUUGAUGUUAACUGUCAACAUAUUCAAUAAAUAUUAAAAAGAUCAAAUAAACAG